CACACACACACACACACACACAUACCCACGCUAAAGCGCCUCGUGCUAAAAACACACACACGCGCAGCGACAUGGCGAUUAUUUUCCGCCUCCCGUUCCGCUAACAGCUCGCGAUGACACGGAUCGGUUGAAAGCCAGUUUCCCGGUACAUUCCCCCCCAAACACCCCCACCCCUCCACCCUCCGCACGGCUGGAUCCGUCGAUGGCGGCCGCGCUGCAGUCGAAACUCUCCGGUGUGGAUCUCUCGCGCAGGCGCGCGGACCCUCGGCGGCGCCAGGCUGCGCUCUCCUUCCUCAGCAACAUCUCUCUGGACGGGCGGCCUGUGGCUCGAGACGAGGACGGAGAGAACGGCGACGCGAACAACGGCGAACAUCACAGCCUGCUGGAGGCGAGGACCGAGCGCGCGCCCACGCUCGCCGCCGUGCCCGCGCCGCACUGGGCUCCGGGAGCGCGCGCAGACGCGGCCGGGGACUCGUGGGCCUCCUCGUCCGCCGCUGCGGCGCAAGCGCUCGGGUCUCCGUUCUCCGGCGCGCCGCCCGCGUGCAGAGGCAGGCUCCACACGUUCACUCAGGGAACGGCGCCCGCGGCGUACAGACAGAGCGCGAGCGCGCAGAGCUACGGCAGCUACGGCUGCCUGGAGGGAGGACCAGCGCUGAGCAGCGCCGCGCUCGAGCUGCAGAGAUCCAGGCGGAGGCUGAUUUCUCAGCGUUCAUCGCUGGAGACUCUGGAGGACAUUGAGGAGAACGCUCCUCUUCGCAGGUGCCGAACCUUAUCUGGUUCACCCCGACCAAAGAGCUUCAAGAAGGUCCACUUCAUCAAGAACAUGAGGCAACACGAUAUCCGCAACGGAAGGAUAGUCCUUAUCAGUGGCAGAAGAUCCUUCUAUAGUGUAUUUUCUGUCCUGCCCUAUCGUGAUUGUAGCCAAACAGGAGAUGUGAAGGCGGAGAGUGGGCGCCAGAGACACCCUUCAGGCGGCGUGAGUGCCAAGGAGAUGGUUAUCGGCCUGGAAGGCGUGGAACUGGGCGCUGACGGCAAGACUGUGUCCUACAUGCAGUUUUUGUACCCCACCAAUGUCCUGGGCCGCCGAAACACCAUCGACUCCACUUCGUCCUUCUCUCAGUCCCGGAAUGCCAGCCACCGGAGCCUCAGCCUGGCACGUGCCAACAGCAACCAGAGCAGCCUGGACACAGGGAACGAACUGGGAGAUUUCAGGGAGUACGACCCCAACCUUCUGGAUGACCCACAGUGGCCAUGUGGAAAGCACAAACGGGUCCUCAUCUUCCCUUCAUACAUGACCACAGUUAUCGAGUACGUCAAACCCUCCGACCUCAAGAAGGACAUGAACGAGACGUUUAAAGAGAAGUUCCCUCACAUUCGCCUGACACUGAGCAAAAUUAGAAGCCUGAAGAGGGAGAUCCGUAAGCUGGCGCAGGAGGAGUGCGGUUAUGAGGAGCCCACAGUGGCCAUGGCCUUCGUCUACUUCGAGAAGCUGGUGCUGCAGGGCAAGCUCAACAAGCAGAACCGCAAACUCUGCGCCGGUGCCUGCGUCCUCCUGGCAGCCAAGAUCGGUGGAGACCUCAAGAAGCAUGAGGUCAAGCUUCUGAUUGACAAACUGGAGGAGAGGUUUCGGGUGAAUCGGCGUGAGCUGAUCGCCUUCGAGUUCCCCGUGCUGGUGGCCCUGGAGUUCAACCUGCACCUCCCUGAGCACGAGGUCAUGCCCCACUAUAGACGCCUCCUGCAGAACUCCUAGCAGCAGCUUUCCGUCAGGAGAGCCACCCCCUACUCUCCUGAUCGACUGUGUCCUUGCGGACCUUCAGCGAGAGAAGCCCUAUGCACCUGACCAACAUCUUCAGCCCAGAGGUGUUGGAGAAAAGACACUUUCUCGUUUUUCAGAGAGCUUUCUUCAGCCAAAGUGGACGUUCGUUUCUACCACGCUAAGAACUUUGUUUCUCAAGAUGUUGAAUAUUGUUUCCGUGUUUUGUUUUGUUUUUUUGUUUUUUUCCUGCUCUGAGUUAUGAAGCAGGUCCAAGCAUAAUGGGCUUAAGAGACUUUAAAAAAACGACUGUUUUGUUUGUAUCCAAAUUUCUGAAGUCAUUUCCAGAACAUUCAUCCAAGCAUUUUGGCCUGAUUGAUUGUGGAUUUUGUCCCCUUUUUUAAUUGGUUUUAUUUUUCAAACUCAUUUCAUUCCCUUCCUUUUAGCCAAAUCUGAAUCUGUUUCUCCAUCCAUUUGCAUGCUUCAUAGCCUUAAAACCAACCUGUGAACGGAUUGAAAUGCUCAUGGGUGUGACUGUGACUGUUGCUCAGUUGUUAAAAGGACCUCAUUCUCAUACACUAAAAGUGCACUUUCCUGGUCUUGGGAACUGCAGAAAUGUAGGGUAUCUGCAGGGUCUCUAGAUGGAGAUAAUGUCAUCUCAUUUCUUUCACUAAAACUCAUUUAACCAGCAUUCCCUGUAUUAGCAUCUUUGCAACCACCAGGCCUGAUUUUGAUGGAAGUGAUGGGAAGGGGUUUAUACAGCUGUGCAUCAACAUACUCCUGUUCCUUUUAUACUUGUGAUUUUUUUUUCCCUUUUUUUCUUGGUUUGUUUUCCGAUGAUUUAGUGGCAUGACGAGCUGCAGUUGCGGUUACUGUCCCUGUGCUCUAUGUUAGAGUGGAUUUUUGGAUUUUUAGCACGUUUCUAGUGCUACGCUGGAGAUGGAACACAACGCUAUGGAAAUUCGCGCCACAGAAAACCAACGCUAAGGAUGUAGUGCAUUCAUAUGUAGCUACAGUCCUGACUGUACUGAAGACACUUAAAGCAGUAUUAAGAGAUGGUCCAGUCUUUGAUACUGAAUUUCAUUUCCUUUGGGCCAUUUUUUAAAAAAAAUCAUUUUCUCUUUGGCAUGAAUCAAACAUCAUAGAUCUUUUUGUUAUUGGAAACAUCAGAUUUCCUAAUGAUUGAUCUUUUUUUAUUUGAUUUCACUGUGUAUCAGUGUGGAAACCAUGAAAACACAUUGUACUUUUUCCAAAAAUAUUGUGUUACUAUGCAUUUAUCAAAAAUCAGCUACAUUUAAAUAGCAGAGCAAAUUUCCAAGAAGAAGACUUUAUGGAUUUGGGAAAACGAAGGAAAAUGAAACUUCUUUCGUUAAAAGUUAAGUGGAAAUGCAGAAUGAUUUGUAUUAUGGAAAUAAAGUUAUUGUAAACAUGAUUUGACUUGCACUUUAGGCUUCGUUGACAGGCAGAUUGAAUCUCCACAACAAACUGAUGAUGCAUUUGUAAGAUAUAUACACUUCUGUAAAUAUGCUGCUUUGCUUGUUAAAUAAAAAAAAGGAAAAUUGUU